AUGAGGUGUCUUUGGUGGACGAUCUUGGUGGUCGCUGCCGUUUCCGGUUCGCCGACCUUCGAGAAGCUGAAGAGUAUCUACUCGUGGAAAGCCCUGGAAUUCGCUUUUCCCAGCGAGUCUGCCAGACAAAUCGCCAUUCAGAGUGGCAAUUAUAUUCCUGGGGCACCGCUUCCGAUCGAUGUCGACGUCUACAACGGGGGUAAACACUCGCGGGUGUUCGUCGCCAUCCCGAGAAUUCAGAACGGUGUUCCCGUGACCUUGGGUUAUGUCACGGAUCAGGUGUCGCCGAAUGGAGACCCAAUAAUCGAGCCGUAUCCGAAUUGGAGCUAUAACACCCUAGGGAGCUGCGAUUCGAUCAGUAGCGUCUUCAGGAUGCAGAUAGACCAAUGUGGCCGUCUAUGGGUGCUCGACACGGGCAAACAAGGGGAGCAAUUGAUCUGUCAGCCGCAAUUGCACGUGUUCAAUCUCCACACGAGCAAGCUAAUCACCAGGUACAAAUUUCCGAAAGAUCAGUUCAAAGAGAACUCUCUGUUCGUCACGGUGGUCGUCGACGUUCGUGACGCCGAUCGCGGAUGCAAGGACACCUACGCGUACAUCGCUGACGUGACAGGAUUCGCGUUGCUCGUCUUCGAUUAUCGUCAUUCGAGAUCUUGGAAGAUCUAUAAUAACCUAUUUUAUCCCUACCCGCCAUAUGGAACCUUCUACAUCAAGGGCGACACGUUCGAUCUGAUGGAUGGGAUUUUGGGACUCGCUUUGGGCCCCGUUCAAAAUGGGGACAGGAUGCUCUAUUUCCAUUCGUUGGCCAGCAGAGUCGAAUCACGGGUACUUACAUCUGUAAUCAGGAAUUACACGCUGUUCCACGAGAAUGCAGAAGCUGCAGCCAGAUCGUUCGUUCCGUUCGAGCAGCAGAGGUCUUCGCAGUCCGCGGCGGAGGCGAUGGAUCGUAAUGGGGUCCUCUUCUUCGGUCUGUUGUCCGAUCUGGCGAUCGGAUGCUGGAACAGCAAACACUAUCCCCAAUACGGAGAUCCCAAUAACGAGAUUCUCAUCACCAAUCCGGACACUUUGCAAUUCCCUUCUGGAUUAAAGAUCAUAACGUCAAAGGAGGGUGUGCAAGAGCUUUGGAUUCUGUCCAUGUCGUUUCAGAAAUACAUGACCGGCUCCCUGAAUUCGAACGAAACGAACUUCCGGAUCCAGGCCGGCUACGUGCACGAAUUGGUCCGCGGUACCAAUUGCGACGUAACAUCGUUGUCGGUCACGAACGGUGGUUGUAAAAAUUUCAGAGACAUGUGCAUUUCGUGGCUGUUAGCGUUCUGCUUCGGCGUGAUUUCCUUGGAAAACACAGUGCUAGCUGCACCUCUAACGGUAAUAAAGGAGUGGAAUUAUAUAGAUUUCCUUUGGCCGAACUCAUCGCUGAAACAACAAGCCAUCGAAACUGGCAAUUAUGUGUCAAAGAACAUUAUUCCCAUCGACGUAGAAAUAAUGCGAUUGGGAGAUAAAAUAUUUGUUACCACAAUAAGAGACAAAGGCGUGCCAGCGUCAUUGUCGAUUGUCACCUCGAAAAUGGGCGAAGGUGGUCCACUGCUAGCCCCAUAUCCCAAUUGGGACUAUGCUAAAACGGAUACUUGUAACGGAAUCAUCAGUACUUACAGAGUCGCAAUUGACAGGUGUAAUAAAUUGUGGGUGCUGGACACCGGAAUAAUCGGCGAGGAGGUGGUCUGUCCUCCCAAGCUUCUGGUCUUCGAUCUGUCGAACGACCGGUUAGUGAAAACGAUAGAAAUACCAAAGGACGUGGCAACCAAUUCCACGUCAGGCAUGGGAUUAUUGGUCACUCCGAUUGUGAAAAAUUUCGGGUUACGCUGCGAAAUAGUGAACGUGUACAUAGCGGAUGUAAUGGGUUACGCCAUAGUGGUGUACAACGGUAAGACGUUCCGUCGAGUGACAUCGGCAGAGCUCGUCUUCGACCCGAAAGCGGUCAACUACACUAUCGAGGGUCAAAGCUUCCAGCUGGAAGAUGGUGUUGUCGGCAUGGAUGUGUCCGAUAGGACAAAUAAACUUUACUUCAGUCCCAUGUCGUCUUACAACAUGGGCUACACCAGGACCUAUGCGCUCAGCAACUACAACAACAACAACGUACCCUUCCAAGUAGCUCACGAUAUUUUGCCUACUCAGUCAAGCGCUAAGGCUAUGUCAGCUACGGGAAUUCUUUUUUACGGACUUGUCGGUAACACGGCGAUCGGAUGCUGGAACGAAAGGAUGCCGUUAACCAAGAACUAUAUGGGGAUUGUCGCCCAGAAUUCUACGACACUGCAAUUCACCAGCGGCAUGAAAAUCAAGGGCAACACGAUGUGGGUAAUGACGAAUCGGUUUCAAAAGGGGGCGACCGGAACUCUGAACAUUAGCGAGGUGAAUUUCCGCAUAUUGAAAGGGAAUAUCGAUGAUCUGGUACGAGACACUGUCUGCCAGAUGCCAUUCCUCUUUGGCUAACUACGAACGUCAUUGAUUCUUGAAAUAUCAUGCUACUGUAUGAUACUGAUGGUUAUACCAAUAAGUAGUCCACUAUUUUUUGGCGAAUCAUUUCUGUAGAAGCCUAGGUUCUAUAUAGUUUAAUUUCUAUUAAGAACGAUAUUCUGACUUCUUACGUAUCUUCUACUUAGUAAAUAGUUUAAAAGAUAAUUUUUAAUUUAAAACUAGCACCCCAUGAUUAAAGAACAAUAGUGGAUUACUUAUUGGUACACAGAUGUUGUUUGUUAUUUGAUGUCUCGAUAUAAGUACCCUGUAUAUGUGUUUGUGUUAAAAGUUACGAUACUUUAAUGACGGAAAUAAAUAUUAUUCUUGCAAACUA